UGAACCCAAAGUCCAGCCUCGUAUAUGGGAAGAAAGAUAGAAGUCCGUAAGGGAGAAAGAAAAAAGACGAAGGUCACUACGAUUGAAGAUCCCUCGCAAUAGAGGCGUCAAUUGGCUUCCGUCGACGAAGAGGCGGUCGUCGAUCGUCUUUCAGCGUUGGCCAAGUACGAACUAGGAACGAGGCUCCAGCUUUACAUAUCCUGAUUCCAGGUCUAGACACUCUGGCUUCCUCAGCAAACGAACAGCGAGAUCUAUUGACUCCAGCUCCCUUUAAUUCUUUGUUCAAACUAGAGACAUAAAGACAUGCUAGGGUUUUCAUACGGAGAGUUGUUUCUAUUGCUUGGAGCUACUGCGGCUUUAAUUGGACCUAAGGACCUUCCAGUCAUAGCAAGAACUGCUGGGAGGUUAUCUGGCCGUGCUAUUGGCUAUGUUCAAAUGGCCCGUGGUCAAUUUGAGAGUGUCAUGCAGCAAACUCAAGCUCGACAGGUCCAUAAAGAGCUACAAGAUACAAUUGCUCAAUUAGAAGCCAUACGACAUGAAAUCCGAACCAUUUCUUUUGUGAAUCCGGGUCCAUUAACCACAAGGCUAGUUGAUAACAUAAAAAACCACCCACCCACUGCUGGUGCUGGUACAUCGGUGGAAAAUGGACCUGAAAAGUCUGAAAGUAAGGGCACAACUAUCAGUAACACACCCAAGGAUUGUAACUUUAAGCCCUCAACCCCUUCUGAUAUGAACAGUCAAGCAACAGCAUAUGCAAAACUCGCCGAAAUCACAUUAUCAAAACCCAAGUAUGAAAACUGCGAAGCUCUGGAUGAGGUUCCUGAUAAAUCUGGUAAUCUUGUGCUUCCAGUCUCUGCUAAAAGUGCAGGUCUGUUGCCUGAUCAUACAGGAUUGGAGGAGGAUUUAAGUUGUGGGUUGUUGCUCAGGGAGGUUGCAUGAAUUUUCCCUUGAUGUUUAGGCAGUGGCAUGAACUUUUACCCUUCAACUCCGGGCAUGACCUUAACUGAAGCAAAGGGAUCUGACAUUGUGCUAGAAGCUAUUAUAGAGGCAGAUGUGGCACAAAAUGCAAAGAAGUUUUUCUCACAGCCCCAAAAUCAAAUGAAAUGUGAAUAGAGGUACCUGGUUAUUCAAUAAAGGGAAAAGGGGCAAAUAAGCCCUCGAACUAAUAAAAAAAGUGCAAAUAAGCCCUUUUGUAAGAGGUUCUGUCCGGUCGCCAUUAUUUGGAGAGGUUCCCGGUAGAGUUUUUUGAUAAAUUUUUUUGAGUAUCUUCUUCAUUAAGUCUAGUUUGGCCAUAUCAAAUUUCAGCUAAAAAUUCAACCGGGAAGGCACUCAAAUGAUUUUCCGAAAUAUACUGUGUUGUUUAACUACGCAGUUAUCUUCAAAAAUUCAUUUGACUGUCUUCCCGAUUGAAUUUUUAGCUGAAAUUCGAUAUGAGCAAACUAGACUUAAUGAAUAAGAUGCUAAAAAAAACUCAUCAAAAAAUUCCACCGGGAACCUCCUCAAAUGACGAUGGCCGGACGAAACCUCCUACAAAAGGGCUUAUUUGCACUUUUUUGGUUAGUUCGAGGGCUUAUUUGCCCCUUUUCCCUUCAAUAAAUAGUGUAGCUAUUCAGAUUAACCGUUUGAUUGUGUGACAUCUAUCGCGUCUGAUGGCUUGGGAAGUGUAUUGAUUUGCAAAACUAGGUCAUUUCACCCCAGAUUACCUUCUUGGAGUUCUCACUAUGAUUAGAAUGUCCUUUGGUCCUAACAUAUCAAAAUCCUAGCUCAGCACACAUAAUUCAACGUAUGAAGUAUGUAAAACUACUCGGUUAACAACCUCAACUGAUAUGUAGGUGUUAGGAACUGGAAACAGGAAUAUCAGGGCGAAGUUAAAUUCUGGGUUAAUCAACAAAUUUACCGUCUCUAUAGAGGAAGAGUACCCAUUAGAGUUGAAGUAGCUCUGAGGAAUGGAAAGAACUCUGCAUAUGAAAAGAGUUUUAAGCAGUGAAAUAAGGCAAUGUUUUGAGGAGCCCUAAAAAACUGUAGGUGGAUGAGGAAGACCAGAUGCGUAGGCGUAGCUUCUCACAUGUAUUUUUUGUUUCUGUUUUAUUUCUAUCUUCUUAAUGAAUGGAGAGUAUAUUUUUGAUAAAGAAAUCAUUAUAUUUCUCCAAUACAGUCAUGUUAUAUCGUGAAAAACUAAAAGCGAUACUAUCAACAUGACCAAGAAGGCAUC